GAUUGAUCAGUCAGAGACAGUGGAUUACUCUGAGUCUGAGCUCGUCUCCGCCGAUGGCGAUCGCGUUCCGCCUCCUUCUCCUCGUCUUCCUCGUCUCCGCCGCCUCCGCCUCCGCCUCCAAACUAGGCGACCUGCUCAAGAAGUACGGCCUCCCGAAAGGCAUCCUCCCGCACGCCAAGCACCACUCGCUCUCCGAUGACGGCGACCUGACCGUGGAGCUCAAGGCACCCUGCUACAUCCAGUUCUCCGACCUCGUUUACUACGAUCGGUCCGUCGCCGGCGCGCUCUCCUACGGCGUCCUCUCCGAUCUCUCCGGCGUCCAGGUGAAGAAGCUCUUCGUGUGGCUCCCCGUCUCCGCCAUCGAGGCUCGCCCCGACUCCGGCACCGUCGACUUCAAGGUCCCCUUCCUCACCCUUUCUUACUCCGCCGACGAGUUCCAGAAAAUUAGGGAUUGCUUGGACUCCGCCGAAGAAUCGGAAUUCCUUCCCUUCUCGGAGGAUUAAGCUCUGAAAGUAAGUGAAAGGUUCUAGAAUGCUGAUGUCUACAGAACUUUCUAGCUUUAAAUAAAUAAAAGUGUUAAUAAAAUAAGUGCGCAUGAAAUAUGAUGAGUUGCAGACAGUUCAAGAAUGUUCUUUGGUGGGGAUGGUUUAUUUGUACAUGGCAUUUGUUGUGCUAAAACCAUAAAGGUAUAUUGGGCUUGCUAUUGGUUCUUAUGGAA